GGAUAUAGCGCCAUCUUAUGUCUGGUGGUACAGUUAUUAUUUUUCCCUUCUCGGCCUCAGUUCGAGUGAUGUUUUGAGCUGGGAUUCCCAUACUUCUGGUCCAAUAAUGGCAGAAAGCGAGGACAAGUUUUAUUAUGUGUACAGCUGCGAUUUAAGUGCAAAUGUUCAGAUUAAGAUUGGGACACUAGAGGGAAAGAGAGAGAGGCCUAGUUACAGAGAUUUACUGGCAGAUCCUCAGUUGAGAUUCUCUGGUCUCUAUGAAGAAAAGUGUGCCGACCUUUAUGUGACCUGUCAAGUCUUUGCCGAUGGGAAACCUUUGACCUUGCCCAGAAGAACAUCAUACAGGGCAUUUACUACCAGAUGGAACUGGAAUGAAUGGCUGAUCCUUCCACUAAAGUUCAGUGACCUCCCAAGAAAUGCCCAGGCUGCUUUCACUAUCUGGGAUGUGUAUGGACCAGAUGAUGCACGGCCGGUAGGAGGGACCACUGUCAGUCUCUUUGGCAAACAUGGGACAUUCCGCAAUGGCAUGCAGGACCUGAAGGUAUGGCCGGGGGUCGAGGGCGAUGGUCGGGGUCAAAGCAAGACACCCGGUAAGCUGGCAGAUAGCAAUGACACUAUGGCACGACUGGCCAAACUGACCAAGAAACAUCGUAAAGGUCACAUGCUGAAGGUCGAUUGGUUGGAUAGACUGACCUUCAGGGAGAUUGAAAUGAUCAAUGAAAAAGAGAAGAGAGACUCAAACUUCAUGUAUCUAAUGGUGGAAUUUCCCAGGAUUCAUUACAAUGAUAUUGAGUUUGCUGUUGUGUAUUAUGAGAAGGACGCAGAGGAGACGAUAUGCACCAGAAACUAUGCAGAGAUUGUCUCUGUUCCUGAUCCUGAGAUGUUAAUGGAAAACCUUGUUGAGAGUAAGCACCACACCUUGGCUAGAAGUGAAAGGAGUGGAUUAUCAGACAGAGAUCUCAAACCAAAUGCUUCCACCAGAGACCAACUCAAUAACAUAGUCGGCUAUGGUCCCACCAAGCCGUUAACCUAUGAGGAGCAGGAUGUGGUGUGGAGAUUCAGAUACUAUCUCAACAGCCAGGGGAAUGCCCUUACCAAGUUCCUUCGCUGUGUCAAGUGGGACGUUCCCCAUGAGGAGAAACAAGCCUUGGAGUUGCUUCAGAGCUGGGCUCCCAUUGAUGUGGCCGAUGCACUAGAGCUUCUCUCUCCUCAAUUCAGACAUAGAGCUGUCAGGAGAUUUGCAGUGUCAAGGCUAAGACAGGCAAUUGAUGAGGAGUUGAUGUUGUACCUCCUUCAGCUGGUCCAGGCCUUACGUUAUGAAGACUUUGAUGAGAUCAAAGCUGGACUAGAAGCUGCAUCAGCUAGACCAAGAACUGAGUCUCAUGUGUCCCAGGAUUAUCAUGUGGAUAGGGACAGGAGUUCAAGUCACAACACUAUUCCCCAUCCCCUCGCUGAAACACCAGAGUCACCAACCCCUCCUGCCACUCCCAGGGAUCAGGAACAAGGGAAGAAAGAAAUAGAAGAGUGUAAUCUAGCCACAUUCCUGAUAGAGAGAGCAUGCUGUAACUACACCUUAGCUAACUAUCUCUACUGGUAUCUACUGGUAGAGAGUGAUGAACAAGAUACCAUCUCCAAGGAUACGCGUAUCAUUGAAAUGUACAAGAUUGUUCUUAAAUGCUUCAGUCAAUCUCUCAGCAAGGGAGGAAAGGAUUGUGUUCACUAUCGGUCACUACUGGUCAGACAGCAUACAUUGACCAAUCAUAUCCUUAAUAUCAUGAGAUUAGUAGCUAAAGAGAAUGGGAACAGAAAGAAAAAGAUCGAGAGGUUACAGGCGUUACUGGGUGACAAUGAGCAGUCGGUCAACUUCACAAACUUUGACCCUCUACCCCUGCCUCUUCACCCGGAGGUCAAGGUAGUGGGUGUGGUCGCGGAGAAGGCGUCCAUGUUUAAAAGCUCCCUCAUGCCCAUCAAGCUCACAUUCAAGACAACCGAUCAUGAUGAGUAUGUAGCUAUAUGUAAGAAUGGAGAUGAUUUAAGGCAGGACCAACUCAUUCUUCAGAUCAUCACACUUAUGGAUCAGUUGCUGCGACAAGAGAACCUAGAUCUGAAGCUGACUCCAUACAGAGUACUGGCUACAAGCAGCAAGAAUGGCUUUGCUCAAUUCAUUGAUUCAUCAGCAGUAGCUGAUGUACUUUCGCAAGAAGGAAACAUUCAGAACUUCUUCAGAAAGCAUGCACCAAGCGAAGGAGCCCCGUAUGGCAUCAGCCCUGAUGUGAUGGAUACCUACGUGAAGAGCUGCGCCGGCUACUGCGUCAUUACCUACCUACUAGGGGUUGGAGAUCGUCACCUCGACAACCUCCUCCUGACCAAGUGUGGCAAGCUCUUCCAUGUUGACUUUGGUUACAUCUUGGGGCGGGACCCCAAGCCCCUACCACCGCCCAUGAAGAUGAGUAAAGAGAUGGUGGAGGGGAUGGGAGGGGCGCAAGGGGAGCAGUACCAAGACUUCCGUAAGAUCUGUUAUACAUCAUUUCUGCAUCUCAGAAGACAUUCCAAUCUAAUCUUGAACCUGUUUUCACUGAUGGUGGAUGCCAGUGUGCCUGACAUUGCAUUAGAACCAGACAAGACUGUAAAAAAGCUCCAGGAUAAGUUUCGUCUAGACCUCACUGAUGAAGAAGCGGUUCAUUACAUGCAGACAUUGAUCGAUGAGAGCGUGGGGGCAGUCUUUGCAGCUGUUGUUGAACAAAUUCACAAAUUUGCCCAGUACUGGAGAAAAUAAACAAAUCUAAACUGUGAUGAACAACCAAAGAAGGAAUCAAGAUGAACCCUAGGUCUCUAGCAGUAUACAUCAUUGCAAACAGUGGUGCCUAUUUAAAUCAUGCCUGAUUCGCAAUAUUGUCACAUCUCAAAGAGGCUCCUUUAAACAACUGUAACAGUAUCAUAAAGUGCCGUACAUAACGGAGAAAUACAAGGAAGGUUUUGGAGCGGGCAUUUACUGGAUGAAUUUGCUGCUACAAGCUGAUGACUCCAAGGGAAACACUAUCAUUCCAUAUUUGUUCUGUGUUUAUACUUCUCGUGCCAUAGAAAUGGCAGCUCUGUAGUGAUCAUGUGGAGCGUUGUGGCCCAGUGGAUUAGUCUUCGGACUUUGAAACAGAGGGUCGUGGGUUCGAAUCCCAGCCAUGGCGUAAUUUCCUUCGGCAAGAAACUGAUCCACAAUGUGCUGUACUCAACCCAGGUGAGGUAAAUGGGUACCGGUAGGAAAUAAUUCCUUAAAAAGCUGUGUGCGCUACGAACGCCUAGCUUAGCCGGGUAAUAUAGGAGCGCCUUGAGCACCUAACAAGGUGGAUAUGUGCGCAAUAUAAAUACCCUUUAUUAUUAUUAUUAUGUGGAUUAUGUGGGAACUAUGAGCGACUGUGGCAUGAUAACCAAUAAAGGCCUCUAAGUGUGAUUGUCUAUGUAGAUUUCCCGGGAAAUUCAUCAUAAUCGACUAUGACUAAUGCUGGAUUCUACAUAUAUUUGUCCUGACUUGGAUCCGUAACAUCAAGCUUUAGCGAUUGAUCAUACAGUUGAUUUGUAUGCUUGAAAGCACAUUUGGCCCCCGAGUCAUUACGUUUAUUUUGAUUUUUUUUUUUAGUAAUAAAUAGGCGUUUCGGGUUAACUGGCGGUGGUUUAACAACCCUUCCCCCAAAGUUGCUGAAAUUUCAUUUCAUUCUAAUCCCACAUGUAGACAUUCAUGUUAGGGUCUACUCGAUCUAGUUUGACAGAAAACUGAAAAUGAUCCGAGUCAAGAAAGAAGGGAAUAUUCUUCAUUUUCUUGAUAGUUUCCAUCUAAAUCAAAAUAAUUUCAAGAAAAUAUGGAAAAUAAAUGACAAUUUUUUUUAAUGUGAAGAUUUAAAACAUGAAAUCUCAGCAACUUUUGGGGAAGUUCCCCCGUCCCUUAUGAUUGUCAAAAUAGAAAAUGUUAUGCUUUUAACAAUUGUUUGAACAGCAUUUAAAUGUGACUAGGCCCUAGUGCAGAUAAUGAAAUCAAGUUUAAAAAAAAAAUCCCUAUAAUCAAUCUCUAAACUUUGUAUUACAGGGACCAACGAUGUUAACAUAAAUGCAAUGUUGCUGAAAUAUCAGUUAAAGAACAUUGAAAUAUAGUUCCUUCACGAUGUAUAUUAUUUCAAUUGAAAUAUAAUUUAAGAUACUACUAUUAUAUUUGUGAUCAUCAAUGAUGAUUAAUACCCGUCAAUCAUGUAUAUUGUAUAUUUGAGCUAUCAAAAUUCUUGGGGGGGGGGUGAUGGGCUCCUCUUUACAUGUAAAUGACAUGUAUUAGUUUCACAUUAUGAUAUAAAAGAGCUUGAAAUUAGAAUUGAAAGUAACAGGUAAAAACUGUUGAUUGAUAUAAGUUUGGUAUUACAACUCAUCCAGCAGAAUUUCAUUCAAAUGUACAUCAACUGGAUCAACGGACCCCAUUAAUGAAUAACAUAUUUGUCAUGGAACAUAAUCAGUGACCCAAGGGGGUCUUUCAUAAAGCUGUCAAACAGGUUGUGGAUGACUUUACAAUUAUCUUGUAUAAUGGGAUGCCCAAAGUUAAAAAAGAAAGUGAAGUGAAAUGUCAAAUUAUAUUGCGAUUGCAAUUUACAUUGAAAAUGGUUUAUAGUAAAACGGAUCCUUGCAUGUUAAGUUUAUCUGAUGCAGUUAAUUCAUGAUUAAGAAUCCCAUUCGACUUGCCAUUCAAGUUGACCCUGAAGUUAUAACUUUACAAACAACUCUGUAAUACACCCCCUCCCAACAGAAUACAGGAACAACAUGAGAAUUAUAAUAGAGACUGGAUACAUUUUGAAACAUCACACACUUUUAUUCAUUAGUCAAACACAUCACAAGUGGUAGUCAAUGGGAAGUAUAUCAUAUUACACCAAUGUAUCACCAUAAAUAUCAAAACUGACAAUUAGUGGGCUAUUCUAACCUGGUAUAUCUGAUGAAUUCUGUUAAUUUCCCAAGGAUUAAUAAAUGAAUUUUAAACUCUUGUGGUCAUUGACCUGUAUUCACAACAGUGCAAGUUUAAUCUGUAAUUCCAACUAUGGAAAGUGGAUGGUUGGAUGUCCUCAUUCUUUUAUUUCCCAAUGAUGUUUACAUGACCUGGGCCUUAUUUUUUCAUAGUCAAGAAAACCAUAGUACUUCCACAUUACAGUUUAACUGUUGGCUAAUGUGACAUAUUUGACUAUCCAUAGUUUUACCACUAAUUCUAACAACAGUUUUACUUAGUACACUGUUGUCAAUAUGAGUACAUGGGUUGAUCAUUGAUGGAAUUCAUAUUCGUGAAUUAUUCAAGGAAAUCUGAAAUAAAUGAAAUAAAUUCAUGCUUUUCAUUUUGAAUUUUCUGAUUACUUAAAUCCAUUAUCUUAUUUUACAAUGAAAAUAUUUGGUCAUGUACAUAUAUUUAUUUUAUUUGAAAAUCAUUGAGCGUUAAGUCACAAUUCACAAAGGUGCAUGAUCAUGGACAUAUGUAUUUAUAUUUUCUUCCCUUUUUAUAGAUUUUGUUAUCAAAAUUAUCAAUAUUAUCUUAGUGGUGGAAUGGAUUUCUCUCUCAAUUAUACAUGUAUUAAAUCAUAUUUAAACUUUAAUUUUGAUGAUUCUGCUGACAUAUAUUACAAGUUGAAAGUGGCUGCAUGUUAAUGUGUGUUUCUCUAAGUAAUAUAAACUUUCAGAAUUUUGAGUCCCAACUAUAUUAAUCAACAAAAUAUUUGCACUGGGGUAAAAAAGCUGCAUAAAAAUAUUUCACUUUCACAACUACUCUUAACACACUAAAACAUAUAGUGUACAUAUUAACAAAUGGCAAGAACAUAAUGUAUACAGCGUAGAAAUCAAUAACACAUACAAUAUGGCAAGCACUCACAAAUUUUGGUCAGAUAUUGAAAUGGCAUUAUAAUGGAUUAUACUAGGAAACUAUACAUAUUAACAAGGUUGGUUAUAGAAUCUAGAUCAACUUGGUAUUGCAAGCCUGUAACAUGGAAGUAUUGGUUGGAAAAUAUUUUCUUCCCCAUUUGAUAAAAGGAAAGCACUGGUACUCAUCGUUUACAACAAGUUCAUUUCAACACUAUACUUGAUGAUAGGGGCCCAUAUUCUGAAGUCAGGUUUAACUUAGACCACUGUCUUACUCUGUGCUAAAAUUAUGGGGAGCCAAAAGUUUAAAAAUUCUGUAUAUUUCUUAACUUUUGCUUUCAUAAUGAAGAAAAAUACUUCAGUUAUCAUUCCCAGACAAUUAUGAACAAUUUGGGUGUCAUGUGAGUUAAUAUAUUGAAUGUGUACUGUUAGGGAUUUGUGCUCCAAUUGGCUCUCCAUAGUUAAACCACAACUUUAAACCAGGUUUUCAUUUAAACCCGAGUUCAGAAUACGGGCUAGGGUGUCUAAAAGCUCAAACUUCAUGUAGACUAGAAGUUUACAUAUUGGGCUUUCAAAAUGGAGCAUUUUUUUUUUAUCAGGCAUUUGACCUACAUGUAACUCAAGCAGGAACUACAUAAUGGAUCAAUAUUAAACGGAUUAUUAAUAAUAAAUAAUACUAAAUUUAUAUAGCAGGAAAAAUCCUUAUGAAUGUAAGUUUUUCAAUUCAGACCACCAUGUUAAGAUCAAAUUCAUGUAGGUGAUGGGUGAACUAACAAGUGCUUUUCAUAAUCAAUUCCUGGGUUAAGAAUGCAUGUACUAACUUCUAAUUGACUUCAAUACAAAUCUAAUGUCAUCUUAUGUCUUCUUAAGUACAUCACAUCUGGAAAGCAGGUUUUGAAGCUGUUCAUAUUCAAAUACAUGUAAAAUACACUUCUCCUUUACACAUUAAUGGAGGACUUUUCAAACAUUUUACACUAUUAUUUUGUUAAAAGUUAUACAAAGUAUAAUACAAGCAUUUUAAAUGAGGUAUAAAGAAAGACCACAGUCAUGAUAAAAAUGGUGUAGGCAGUGGUGAUAAGUGAAAGCACAUUAUGACCUGAAUUCAACAUCAAAAAAGGAAUUUAGCAGCUUUUCAUCAUUUAUGAAGGAAUUUUCAAUUUAAUAAAUUUGAAAAUCACCUCGGCCACCAAGUUACAAUGGGGGCUUUGUGUUGAUAGCAAACUAAGUAGAUAAAGCGACAUAAAUUAGUUUCAGAAAUGAUUUUUAUUCAAUGAAAAUUGCAGCAUUAAUGAAUGAAAUAAUCAGUUAUAACUUCACUCUGCUCUAUGUACUACAAGCCACCACUCAAAGUCAGUAAAGCAUCUUUCAUGCAGGAUCCCACUAACAUCUAAUCAUCACUAAUGCUCAUAUUCAUUAUACAUGUAGAUAAAACAAUGGGAACGGUUGGAACUGCUUAUCGUCUUUCACAAUGACUGUUCAUGCAUUCCCCAUUUUUUUUGCUGAUGAAUGCGAGGAUAAGCAAUAAGAUGCUUGUCGAAUUCCUGUGUGAAAGAUGCAAUUAUAUCUAGUUAUAAAAACAGGAGGAAGUGAUUUCCCCAAAAUCUUUUGAGGUUCUUGAGACUUGUCGUUUCAGUGACAUGUCCCAGUUUGCGCAUUACAUAAUACAUGCUUGCAAAAUGUUCCCUUAUUGUGACACCACUCAAAAGCAUUGAUUAUGGGAGAUUGUUCAACAACAGUGCCCUUCAUUAAUCAGAAUGUUUUUCUUUAAAGUGGUAACAAACCCCAUUUAAACACUACAUUUUUACUGAGUAAUCCUUAUUCUUCCCUUUUGCUUGGGAUUCAUUGUUUCUUUUUUUUUUCAAUUCUAACUCAUAGCCCAUGCUAUUUUGUAUAUCUUCGGAAAAGGUUGUUGACCCAGCAAGCUUCUCAUGAUAAUGGAAAUUGUUGGUGCAUAUAUGAUGAAACAAACUGUUGCAGAUGCACGGAUUAGUUAUAACAAGUUUUGUUGAAAAAUAAAAUUAGUAAGUUUUUAUAAUCUGUCAACUCUGUAUAUAUGUACCUAAAUGAAGUUCUUCCAUUUCAUUGCACAUAAUUCCAUUAAAAGGAUCAGCCAUUAUAUUGUGUAUCAAAGAACUAACUACAUGUAUUUGAUAAUGAUGAAUGUAGCACAUGCAUGUUAUGUUAAGAAAAUUAUCAUAUUUCAAAAAUGUACAAACAGUGCAAUUAUUUAAAUACAUAAGAAUUAUUUACAA